AUGGCUUCCCGGAGCCUGGGGGGCCUGAGCGGGAGCCGUGGCGGGGGCGGCGGCGGCAAGAAGAGCCUGAGCGCCCGCAAUGCUGCGGUGGAGAGGAGGAACCUGAUCACCGUGUGCAGGUUUUCUGUAAAGACCCUGAUUGAUCGGUCCUGCUUUGAGACAAUUGAUGAUUCUUCUCCCGAAUUUAAUAAUUUUGCAGCUAUUUUGGAACAGAUUCUAAGUCACCGGCUAAAAGAGAUUUCCCAAAGUUGCAGAUGGCUGGCUCAUCUCCAAAUACCUCUUCAAGGUCAAGUAACCUGGUUUGGUUAUGAAAGUCCUCGUAGCUUCUGGGACUAUAUCAGAGUGGCUUGCCGGAAAGUUUCACAGAAUUGUAUCUGCAGCAUUGAAAAUAUGGAAAAUGUCAGUUCCUCUAGAGCUAAGGGUAGAGCCUGGAUCAGAGUUGCACUCAUGGAAAAACAUUUAUCUGAAUACAUCUCUACAGCUCUGAGAGACUUCAAAACAACCAGAAGAUUUUAUGAAGAUGGAGCAAUUGUCUUGGGUGAGGAAGCAAAUAUGCUUGCUGGCAUGCUGCUUGGGCUCAAUGCUAUUGAUUUCAGCUUCUGCCUAAAGGGAGAGGGACUGGAUGGAUGCUUUCCUGCUGUAAUAGACUACACACCAUAUUUGAAGUUUACCCAAAGCUCUGACAGUAUCAGCAGUGAUGAGGAGGAGCUGAGGACGCUGGGAAGCAGUGGCAGUGAGAGCAGCUCUCCUGAGAACGUGGGGCCUCCUUUCAUCAUGGACGAGAAUACGUGGUUCAACAAGUGUAAGAGAGUUAAACAGAAGUACCAGCUCACCCUGGAACAGAAGGCUUAUCUUGAAGAACUCUUACGACUUCGAGAGAACCAGCUGUCUGAAUCUGUCUCCCAGAAUAAAAUACUACUACAAAGGAUUGAAGAUUCUGAUCUGGCCCAUAAAUUGGAAAAGGAACAAUUAGAAUAUAUAAUUGUGGAGCUGCAAGAUCAGUUGACUGUGCUAAAGAAUAAUGAUUUAAGAUCAAGACAAGAGUUAACUGCCCACCUCACCAACCAGUGGCCUUCCCCAGGAGCUCUGGAUGUCAAUGCUGUUGCCUUGGAUACGUUGCUUUACCGAAAACACAAUAAACAGUGGUAUGAAAAAAGUUAUCAAAAUCUUGACCAGUUUUCAGCUGAAGUUAGCCUUUCUCAGACUUCCCUGGACCCAGGUCAGUCACAAGACGAUGGAAAACAAGACACGUUAAAUUCAAUCAGUGAAGGUAAAGAAGACACUCCCUCCUUACUUGGUCUCUGUGGGUCUCUAACAUCAGUGGCAAGUUACAAAUCUCUAACUAGCCUCAAAUCCAAUGACUGUCUUGCAAGUCCUACAGCAGAGAUGACAAGUCCAGGCCUAACUCCAUCCUGA